AUGGCGACGGGUAUGAAGAAAGAUACUGAACCACCCUUCCUUUCGGAAGGGUUUUCCACUUCGGAGCAUCACGAAACCGUUGCUAUCAAACCAGAUAUAGAACUACAAGAGAUACCAGCCUACGGUCCCGAUGGCAUCCGAGGCCUCGUCAGCUCGGGGUAUGUCCUUGGGGCGGCUUUCCUAGCAUCCCUUGGAGGUUUCUCAUUUGGAUAUGACCAAGGGGUUAUCUCCAUUAUCAAUGUCAUGGAGCAAUUCCACGCGGUCUUUCCUCAAGCCGAAACCGCCUUCGGCAAAGGGUUAAUGACGGGGAUGCUGUUGCUUGGAGCGUUUGUGGGCUGUCUCUUCAUGCCCUAUCUCGCCGAUCGAAUCUCCCGAAAGUGGGCCCUGACCGUAGUCGUCGUGAUCUUUGAUAUCGGAGCCAUAAUUCAAACUUGCUCGCAGAACUAUGCGACGUUAGUGGCGGGCAGAGCCAUUGGAGGCAUCGGGGUCGGAACACUCGCAAUGGGUGCCCCGCUCUACAUUUCCGAAAUCUCUCCGCCUAACCUACGAGGAACGCUCUUGGUGUUGGAGUCUAUCUCCAUUGUCUCUGGUGUCGUCAUCUCAUACUGGAUUACGUUCGGUACGCGCUUGAUCGAUAGCCAGGUCUCGUUCCGUCUACCAUUCGGUCUACAGAUGGUGUGUGCAACAAUCCUUGGUGUUGGCAUCCACUUUUUCCCCUACUCGCCUCGAUGGCUUGCCCUCGUCAACCGCCAAGAGGACUGUCUCGCCAGUCUCUCCAAGCUUCGAGGCUUGCCAGAAACCGAUGUACGGGUACAAGCUGAAUACCAGGGUAUCAUCACCGAGGUCAAAUUUCAAGAGCUGAUCCAGGAGAAAAGGCAUCCUGGUCAGCACGGUAUCAAACGACAGCUACUUGCUUGGCGAGACCUAUUCGGCCGGAAAGGCUGGCGGAGGACCGUCGUUGGUUGUGGAGUAGCCUUUUUCCAGCAAUUUAUUGGAAUCAACGCAUUCAUCUACUACGCGCCUACAUUAUUCGAGUCAAUCGGCCAAUCAGGCGAGAUGUCACUUAUACUGUCGGGCGUCUUCAAUGUUCUACAGCUAGUCACCGUCCUUGUCUGCUUCUUGAUCAUUGAUAAGAUUGGACGCCGGCCAUUGGCAAUCUUCGGUGGCUUUGCCACCGGAGUCGCGUACAUUAUCAUCGCCAUUCUAUCUGGGCUGUAUGGCAAUGACUGGUCCGCCCACACAGCUGCCGGCUGGGCCUGCGUCGCCAUGGCCUUUCUAUUCAUUCUGAUUUUCGGUCUCACGUACUCUCCUCUUGGUUGGGCCCUGCCAUCCGAGGUUUUUCCCAACGCGACUCGAUCGAAGGGCGUGGCAUUGUCGACCAGCACCAACUGGAUCUCUAAUUUUAUCGUAGGGGUUGCCACACCUCCCAUGAUGGAGAACCUCGGCUAUCGAACCUACAUUUUCUUCGCAGUCUGGUGUGUCAUGGCCGGUAUCUGGGCACUGAUCUUUGUCCCCGAAACCAGCGGCAAGACCCUAGAAGAGAUCGACGACGUGUUUGGCGAUACAAGCGGACAUGAAGAGCAAGAGGUUAUGAGAGCUGCUGCUCUGGCGACCAUGAGACCGCCGGUGCAGACCGGUGUAUGA